UUCUCCCCCACCCCUUCCCCUCUCUCUACAUUUCUCUCUCUCUCUCUCUCUCAUUUUCUAAUUCCUCUCACGCAUAUACACGCUGACUAUCCCUACACCGACACCAAGCUUGGCGGCACAGUAUCUCCCGCCCCCGUCCGUACACGCAGAUCCGACCCUCUCCUCUUUGCUUAGGCCAUCGCUCUUUGGAUCCGAUUUAUACCUCCACCCCUCCCCAGCCCCCACUUUCUUUCUCUCUUCUUUGUUUUCUUUUCUUUUUAGUUUUUCUUGUAAAUCUUGUAUUUCUCUUUUUGGUCGUUUUGCCUUUUCUUUUUUCCUUAAAAUCCUAGGGUUCUUUUCGACAUUUUCUCGGUGCUUUUACCCAUACCUCUCGAUUUGACGCAUUUUAAGCAGUUAGCCUUUCGAAACAUAAGCAGCUUGACGAUUUUGUCCCCUUGAAAGCAGCUUUACGUUUUUAACCCCCUAAAAUUUUCGAGUUGUGACGUGGCAUCAUUUAAAACGUUGGGAUGAGUAGUACCCACGCCCGUCCGAUUUUGACUCCUGGGGCCUCCAGAAAGCGUAAGGAGAGAGAAGCACCACCGUACUCAUUUUUAAAACCGUCGGCUACACUGUCUUCGGCUCCAACACCAGCCGCUAAGCCAGGCGAUGGGCUCUCUUCGAAUCGGCUCUUAGCCGGGUACAUGGCGUACGAGUUUCUGACUAAUGGUACCCUGUUCGGCCGGAAAUUCGAACCGGUACGAGCCGAGGCGGUGCCGCUAGCUAGUUCGUCUGCCGAGUCGAAGAGGUGGAAGCCGGAAGUGGAGGCGGCCAACGUGAAGAAGGUGCACCAAAGUUACACUGAGGUGGCGAGCAUACUGAAGACGGAUGGGGCCCACAUCACUGGGAUUGUCAACCCUAUGCAACUGGCUCGGUGGGUUCAGAUGUGACCCCCAACAAAGCCCAGGGUUCUUAUGUGGCGUCUCUUGAUUGGUCCACGUACGUCAAACGAGGUCGAGCGCUCAUGCGCGCGAUAACCUACCUGUCGAUUGUAUUUCGGAGAAGACGGUGGGGGUGUCGGACCACCCAGUAAUAAUAUGGAAACCAAAACCGAAUGAAAUUAGGAAAGGCUCAUUUCUCAUCUCUUUCUUUCUAGAAUGUUCCUCCCGGGAAUGAUGUUGAAAUUAGACUUCUCUCUGCCUCCUUUUGUGUUGUUGUAUUUGUUUUUGGUUCGUAGUGAGCUCCAUGUGGGAUUUUGGGUGGAAAACCAUGAGAAAUCCUUUAAUAUC